AUGUCGACAUUGGGAGGUGACUUGGAACAAAACGCGCCGAUCGACUUGGACCCUCCCGUGGGGCUGCACCGUCCUUCACCUGGUGACUCUUCAGCAAGGCCAAACGAGGAAUCAGGUGAGGAGAGGGCAUGGAAGGAGGAUUUGUGCCAUGCAAUAUGCGGUAACAAGUGGAGUGAUGUGAAAGUAAUUCUGGAUCAAAACCCUAAUGCUUUGACUUCAGUAAUUUCUUAUAAAGGCAGAACAGCACUUCAUGUGGCUGCAAUGUUUGGGAAUGUCACCAUUGCGGAGGAGUUACUAAAAUUACUGCCUCCAGAAUUCGUUCUAACUCCUGAUUCUGACGGUCGUACAGCACUUCUAAUGGUUACUUAUUUUAGUGGAAACACUCAAGUCGCAAAAUCCCUCGUAAACAAGAAUAGCCGCACACUUGUAAUUCCAGACAUUGUUGGUGAUCUUCCUGUUAUAGUGGCUUUUGGAAAGGGUUACCAAGAAAUGGUACGUUAUCUUUAUUCUGUCACUCCAUUGGAAUGCCUCACAGGCCGUUCGGGUUCUAGGCUUCUUCAUCAUUGUUUACAUGCACAAUGCUUUGGAUUUAAGAAAAUACAGGAGUUAAAGCUGCUGCAUGCACAAGCAGAUGAACUUCUUCGCCUAGUUUGUAAGAAUGCAAGGAAGGCAUACCAAAAGGGAGUUAUAAAUGAGGCUUUAUGUCUUGCAGCUAAAGAAGGGAAUGUGGAGUUUGUGUUUCAAGUAUCAAAAGUAAUCCCAGAGGGUUUCGUCGGUCGGACAUUGCUUAAGUGUUUCAAUGAAGCUCUUCACCAUCGACAAGCUAGGGUUUUCAAUCUUAUCCAUGGGCUCCGCUUCAAGGAUGGCCUAGUAACAACCACACCUGAUCAUAAUGGAAAUUACUUGAUGCAUAAGGCAGCUAUGAAGGCUCCUGAUCACGUUCUUAAUCGUAUCUAUGCACCUACACUACAAAUGCAAAGAGAACUGCAAUGGUUCAAGGUUAGAGAAAGACAUGAUUUAAUUUUUAAAUCAUAA